AUGACAAACAAGAAAAUGAAUUCUUCUUCACUUUCACACACUGUCAUCCCUUUCCAAGUCAACCUUACUCCCUCCGAAAAAAAAUUUCAAACAUUAACCGAGGUUGAUUACUUUAAGAAUUACAACGACAAUGAUCGCAAUAAGGUUGAUGUCUCUCUAUCUGCCUCUACCGCUGCUGUCUCUGUCCUUGACAUUGAUCAUACCGACAUGCCGUCUUUGUUGGAUUUCAAACUAAGCAUUGGCAGUGGUCUCGAUCAAAAUCAUCUCGCUACCAAUGAUGCUAGUGAUCAAGAUGAUAAUGAUAUGUCAUCUAAAUUCGAUCACAAAAACACUAAGAAUGAGAUGGCUGUUCUUCAAGGCAAACUUGCUCGAAUGAAAAUGGAAAAUUGUCGAUUGAGUUUCAUGCUUGAUCAGCUUCAAACACAGUAUGAUACCUUGCAAAUACGUUUUGAGAAAAUGAAGCAGGACAAGAAGGCCGAGAAAGUUGAACAACAAGAAGGAACAAGAAAUUAUGAUGGAUUGGGAUCCACGCCUAAGAACAACAUUGAAGUUGCCUCCAAAGAGUUAGUCCUAACUAAGAAUGGGAAAGUUAGUGAUGAAGAAAAGAAUGACUAUGGUAAAGGAACUAAAGGAGAGGAUAAUCAUGUUGGUCAUGCUGAGAGAUUUCAAAACCCGAGUCUUCUAAACUAUGCUCCAAACUUUGUUAAUGAUGAUUCAACUGAUGUUGCUGCAAUCUUGACGAGAGCAAGAGUUUCUAUUAGAGCUAGAUCAGAUGGAAUCUUGGUUUCUGAUGGAUGCAAGUGGAGGAAGUAUGGACAGAAAAUAGUGAAAGGAGAGCCGAGUCCUCGUGCUUAUUAUAGGUGCAGCAUGGUUAGGGGUUGCCCAGUUAGAAAACAGGUACAAAUGUGUGCUAAAGACAAAAAAGUGGUAAUCACAACAUAUGAAGGCUAUCAUAACCAUACUUUACCACCAGAAGCCAUGGGAAUGGCACAAACAACUGCUGCUGCUGUAAGAAUGCUUCUUUUAGAAUCAACUUCAAGUAAAGAUGAAACAACAAAUGCAACUAUUCCUGGUUCUACAAGUCUCGCAACUAUCUCAACUUCUGCACCAUUUCGGUCAAUAACACUUGACUUUACACAAACUCCAAAUCCUCUACAACUCCAAAUGCCUCAAAAAUAG